GCCGCGAUCGCUGCUGCUAGAAAGACGGGCUGGAGAGUAAACAAGCCCCAGCUGAUCCGUCUCGCCGUCUCCAUCUUUGAAGGGCCGUCGCACUGCGAGGAGCAAGAUGGGGGCGGUUCUGGGCUUGUGUUCCUUGUCCAGCUGGAUACCAUGUUUGUGUGGUAGUGCCCCCUGCCUGUUGUGUGGAUGUUGUCCCAGUGGAAAUAACUCCACUAUAACAAGAUUGAUAUAUGCAUUCUUCUUGCUUCUUGGAGUCAGUGUUGCCUGUGUGAUGUUAAUGCCAGGAAUGGAAGAACAACUGAAAAAGAUACCUGGGUUCUGUGAUGGCCAGGUGAAUUGUGAUGUUCUGGUAGGGUAUAAAGCAGUGUAUCGUGUAUGCUUUGGUUUGGCCAUGUUCUUCCUCUUGUUUUCCCUGUUGAUGAUCAAGGUAAAGAGCAGCAGUGAUCCAAGGGCAUCAGUCCACAAUGGAUUCUGGUUUUUCAAGUUUAUCACAGCAGUUGCAAUUACUGUGGGAGCAUUUUUUAUUCCAGAAGGACCUUUUACAACUGUAUGGUUUUAUGUAGGUAUGGCCGGAGCCUUCUGCUUCAUUCUUAUUCAGCUGGUUUUACUUAUUGAUUUUGCCCACUCUUGGAAUGAAUCGUGGGUUGAGAAAAUGGAGGAAGGAAAUUCAAGAUGCUGGUAUGCAGCAUUGCUGUCUGCUACAGCCCUAAACUAUCUCCUGUCUCUGGUGGCAGUUGUCUUAUUUUAUAUCUACUAUACACAUCCAGAUGGCUGUUCUGAAAAUAAGGCCUUUAUCAGUGUCAACAUGAUGCUGUGUAUUGGAGCAUCUGUAAUGUCAAUUUUACCCAAAAUACAGGAAUCACAACCAAGAUCUGGCUUGUUGCAAUCAUCUGUGAUCACAGUUUAUACAAUGUACCUUACUUGGGCAGCAAUGACCAAUGAGCCAGACAGACAGUGCAAUCCAAGUUUGCUGAACAUAAUUGGAUAUAAUACCACAAGCCCUCCAAGCAAGGGUCAGCUGGUACAUUGGUGGGAUGCCCAAGGAAUUGUGGGGCUCAUCCUGUUCUUACUGUGUGUUCUGUAUUCAAGUAUCCGAACAUCUAAUAACAGUCAAGUAAACAAACUUACUCUGACUAGUGAUGAGACAACACUGAUAGAAGAUGGACUUCCUCGGAGUGAAGUCUCCCUAGAUGAUGGAGAUGAUUUACACCGUGCUGUUGACAAUGAGAAAGAUGGAGUUACUUACAGCUAUUCUUUCUUUCACUUCAUGCUUUUUCUUGCUUCCCUUUAUAUCAUGAUGACAUUAACUAAUUGGUACAGUCCUGACCCUGCCUCUGCACAAAUGACCAGUAAAUGGCCUUCUGUCUGGGUGAAGAUUUCUUCCAGCUGGAUUGGUAUCAUUCUGUAUGUGUGGACUCUGUUGGCUCCACUUGUUCUAACGAAUCGUGAAUUUGACUAAGCUUAGUUCCCCCCCCCCCAAGGCUUUUAUUUUUUAGUUGCUUAUUUGAUGCUAAUGCUAUUCUGUACUAAGAAAUAAUUGUAAAUAUGUGUUUGUGUACUUAUUACUAGUAUAGGUUAUCCUGACUUUAUUAUGCAUGGCCAAUUUUAAAUCAGGUUAUCAUUACCAUGACUUUUCCUACUUGAGCUUGAUUAUGAUUGCUGCUAGAUUCAGGGCCAAACUAGAAAUGUCAGCAGCAGUUCCACAGGUUUUAUUCCACAAAAUACAAGUGAGAAACAAAAUAGGAAGAUUGCUGCAUUCCUCCAGCAUAUUGUUGUAUAUUCUGUUAGCAGUAGUUAAGGUGUUUGUGAAGCAACUUGCACUUAUUUAGAGUAAUUAAGGUGUAACGAGUUGCCAAAGUGCUACAGCAAGCACAUGCAAAAUCCAAGUAUUUGACGUUACUUGCAAGAGGUAGAAGUUCAGCAAGUAGCAGCUGUAGUGUUUUAAUUUUAAAAAAAAUGUUUAAGAAGUGAGCUCACUUCCUUUUAAAAGCAAAAUGGAUGUGUGGGGAUUCACCUGCUUACCAUUUAUUUCUCCUUUGGAACCUUUAGUUCUAGAACAGUUGUGAUAUUUGAAUGUCUAAGAGGCAGAAUGCAGGGGGAGGAUCUAAGAGGUUUGUAGCAGAAGCAUUUAAUUUCCUCAUCUUUGUGUUUGUUUUUAAAAUGGGAAUGCAGACUGAUUCCACAUGAUUUAUUUUUAAACAUGGUGGGGGUAAUAGUUUCAUCUGUAUUGGCAAUUUUAUGAUCUAUGAGGACUCUGCUAAGGGAGAAAAUUAGGAGUAGAAAAGAAAUAGAGGGAUCAGAGCAGUUUAGUCACCUACAAUAUUGCUAGGAUAUUUAGUGCAGUCUUUGUCCUCUUGAUUGAAUGAAUGAGGAUUGGAAGUUAGUAAUCAGUUUACAUUUGUUAUCUUAAAAUAGCUGAAGGCAUUUAAAGUUUAAAGGCAUUAAUUUGUUGGAUUAUCCUUGCCUUUCCUUUGAAACUGUUGUGCAGAGGGAUUAACUUUACUUUUACAGGGAAAAGAACAAAGCAAGGAUAACCAAUAGAUUGAUUGCAUUUAUAAUUCUGAAGCUAUUUUCACUGAAGUUAUUCCUUUUAAACUUUCUGCACCAAUAGCCAUCCUAUUUAGGACUUGAUAGUUGUCACACAAGCAUCUAAGAAAUUAAUUUUUUGCUUCUUGCAGAGUGUUUCUCUGUAAAGUUUAAUUUAAUUACCACUUAUUUUAAAAGAAUCUAUAAUAUUCAUAGUUUUACUUAAAAUGGAUGGAAAAACUUGAAUUUUCCAAUCAUGAAGUCGUUGCAUUUUUGUACACAUUGUCUUUGAAGUGGGCGCUGCAUCAAUUGUAUUAGUCAACUGCAUGUCACUGAAGUUAUUUUUAAAUCCACUGAGUUUAAAACACACUAUAUUUAAAGGUAUUAUUAGGCCGCUGGAAAGCAAUUCAAACCACUAAGACUGUCAAGUUUUUCUUUGCUAGUAAUGAACAUAAUAUAGGAAAUGCUGAUAAAAUAUUAAAAUAGGACAAAACAGGUAGGAACACUACUCUUUUUGGCUUAGUGAUCAUUAGAUUGCAAGUAAAUGAAACUCCUUUUAAUAGCAGUUCCCUGGAUGUAUUGGCAGAUAUUAUCCUGAAAAACAUUUGCAUUAAGAAGCUGAGCGUUUUACAGUGAUGCCAUGUUUUUUUUUGCAUAGGACAUUGAAGAACUUUUAAGUAUUUUUAUGUCACCUCUUGCUACUAGUCCCAUUGGGUGCAGUGCAGGCAGUCUUUACAAGUGCAAAAUUUUAGGGCUGUAUACUUAGAAACUAUUGGUCCUGCUUUGCAAAGUACUUUGAAAUACUCAGCUUCUGUUUUUUGUUUGUUUGAAGUGUAAAUACAUUACCCAUUGCUCCCAAUGUCAGAUUUCUCUAGUUCAGUUUCAACUGCAGGUAUCUUCUCGAAAUUCCUGAGCAUUUGUAAUUGUUUAAAUUUAUCCACUGUAAUACACAGGCUGAUGAAGUUCAACUUAAAUGCAAUUACUGCUUAGUCAUUUUGAGUGUAUAUGCUGUAGCUAUAAAUAAAACAUUCAUACUGGC